AUGGAUCACCUGAAACCAAGCCCGGCGAACUCGAGACCGUUGACGCCGAUCAGCUUCAUCGAGCGAGCCGCCACCGUCUACGCCGACUGCACCUCCAUCGUCUACGGCUCCUCCAGCUACACAUGGUCGGAGACCUAUCUCCGCUGCCUCAGGGUCGCCUCCACUCUCUCUUCAUGCGGCAUUACCCGCGGCGACGUCGUGAGCGUCGUCGCCCCAAACAUCCCCGCCAUGUACGAGCUCCACUUCGCCAUCCCCAUGGCCGGAGCCAUCCUCAACACCGUCAACAUCCGCCUCAACGCCCACACUAUCUCCGUCAUCCUCCGCCACGCCGAGUCCAAGCUCGUCUUCGUCGAUUACCAAUCCGAAUCAGUCGUGCUCGAAGCCAUCUCUCUGUUUCCGCCUACUUGCCCUCUCCCGAGGCUCGUCCUGAUCGCCGAGGAAGGCCAGCCUAGAGGUGGUUCCAAGCCAGGAUUCGUGGCGGAUUACGACACCGUUUUGACGAAAGGUAACCCUAAUUUCGAUUGGGUUCGGCCGGAGACCGAAUUCGAUCCGUUGACUCUGAAUUAUACCUCCGGCACGACCUCGGCUCCCAAAGGCGUAGUCCACAGCCACCGCGGCACUUUCCUGGUGACUAUCGAUUCGUUGAUUUCGUGGUCGGUGCCGAAGGAGCCGGUUUUUCUAUGGACGCUGCCGAUGUUCCACGCCAACGGGUGGAGCUACACCUGGGGAAUGGCCGCCGCUGGUGGAAACAAUGUCUGCCUCCGCAGAUUCGACGUCGCCGCGAUCUACGCUGCGAUUAACACGUACCACGUGACGCACAUGUGUGGCGCGCCGGUGGUGCUCAGCAUGCUCACAAAUGUCCUCGGCGUGAAGCCUCUGGAAAAGCCGGUGGAAAUCCUAACAGCCGGAUCGCCGCCUCCGGCGGCGGUGCUUCACGGGACGGAAUCGCUGGGGUUCUCCGUCAGCCAUGGAUACGGCCUGACGGAGACAGGAGGAGUGGUGAUUUGGUCCACGUGGAAGAAGAAAUGGAACAAGUUGUCAUCAGCGGAGAGGGCGAGAUUGAAAGCAAGACAAGGCGUUAGGAGCCCCGGAAUGACAGAGAUCGACGUGAUCGACGCUGAAACAGGAAAAAGCGUGGAGCGCGACGGCAAGACUUUAGGAGAAAUAGUGCUCUGCGGCGGCUGCGUGAUGCUGGGCUAUUUAAAAGACGCGGAGGGGACGACCAAGGUGAUGAAAGACGGUUGGUUCUUCACUGGUGACGUGGCGGUGAUGCAUCGAGACGGCUAUAUAGAGAUCAAGGACCGGUCAAAGGACGUGAUCAUCAGCGGCGGGGAGAAUCUGAGCAGCGUGGAGGUGGAAUCAGUUUUGUACGGGCACCCGGGGGUGAAUGAGGCGGCGGUGGUGGCGAGGCCGGACGAGUUAUGGGGAGAGACGCCGUGCGCGUUUGUGAGCUUGAAGGAAGGGGUGAAGGAGAAGCCGACGGAGAAGGAUGUGAUUGAGUAUUGCAGGGAGAGGAUGCCGCGGUUUAUGGUGCCAAAGACGGUGGUGUUAAUGGCGGAGCUGCCCAAAACUUCCACCGGAAAAAUAAAGAAGUUUGUGCUCAGAGAGGCCGCAAAGGCGAUGGGAUCGGCCAACAUCAGUAAGCUUUAGUUCUCAAUUCUGCUAUGGAUUUGCCUUUUGAUGGAGUUUGUGGAUUCCAUCUGCAAUUUGAUGGCGGUCACCUCUUGGAUCGCCGCCAAAUCUCGCGGUUCCUCCAGUCAGCGGGAUCUCUUCUGCUGCAUCUUCACGGCGAUGUGCUAUUCUGCUUUUUUUUUCUUUUCUGGCCGACAACGCCUCCUUUCUCAUCAUGGCUGGCCAUCUUUUCUCCAUCACCGGCACGACAUCCUUUGUAACUCCGGUCACCUGCUUCUUCGGCAUUGGGCUCCCCUAUUCCGGGCAGCCUCUUCCUCUCGGCUGCUCGUCGUCCCUUCACGAAUUGCGUCGGCUUUAUUUUUUUGAA